AUGUCUGAAGAAAAUAACGAGAAUAGUGCUCCACAGCGCGACCAAGCAACACAGGACUGGAUAACGGGCGUGAAGGAAAGAAAAGAACUUCAAGACAAACUAGCCGAGAAGGAGAGAGAAAACAACAUCCUCAAAGGGAAGAUUCACGAGAUGACUAAGAAACUGGAAGAUCUGGAGAAGCAAGUGAGACUUUAUUGCUAGGCUAGUAUAUAUACGUUAGUCGCAGAGUUUAUCUACAGUUGCUGGAAUAAUGGAAGCCUUGUUACUUGACUAAACCCUUGACUUCUAAUUUGUCUCAAGUAUCAUCAAGUAAAAUAUACUAUCGUCCUCGAUGUGUAGUAUACUGAAAUAUGAUGUAGCCAGUUGACACCAACGUUAUUUUUUCGUUAGUAUAUGUAAGGCUAAAUAUUUUAGUUUAUAAAGUUAUUUUAUUUCUAACAUGUAUGUACUUGUGUAAACUUAUAAUAUUAACAGUAAACAUAAUUUACAAUUACAAAUGAGAGACAUGUUAUGAAAUAAUUAACUGAUGUAGGUUUCCUGUUGGGUUUAAGAGGCUAUGUCACACAAUUUGCUUUCUUUUUAAAAAGUUAAAAUGUCUUUGCAAUGAUGUUAUUUAAGAUGACAUUUACAUAUUGAGACUGUUUCCCUCAUCUGUUGGUUUAGAUGACAAGGAUGGACAUGGAUUGCAAAAAAUUGGGGUCAACUUUUUUCAUAUCUUAUUGGCUUUCCCUGCAAAAAUCACCAGUGGUUAGAGUUCCCUGAUGGAAUUUGUUUCAUAUCUUCAUAACUAUACACUUAUACACUGAGGAACAUUUUGGGGAUUCGAUCCUUCUGUAGGUACUGAGACACAGAUUAUGUAGAACAAAAGAAGCAAUACAAUCAAACAAUAAAGCCCCCAGGAGAGCUCUGUUGUUUGGUGCCUUUGUUUCUUUUCUAAUGACGGUACCUGAAGAAAGACCCAUUCUGUGUAAAAUAGGUAUUAAAAGGCAUUAAGUUAAAUGAAUUCACUACAGAAUUGACCUAAAACAGUGAUAUCCUGGUGACAUAGCCCCUUUAGAUCCUUACCUGUAAUGCAAUACCGUAAAAUUCCCAAAAUAAGACCCUCCAUGUAUAAGCCCCUCCAAAUAUAAGCACCCCAAUCCGGUAACGCAAAAAAUCCUCUGUUAAAUCACCCCUCCAAAUAUAAGCCCCCGGGGACUUGUACUUGGAAAAUUGCCCCCAAAUACAAAGUAAAACAAAGCAAAAAUGGCAAAUUUACUUGAAACUAUAAGGCUAGUCGAAUCGAUUUUGAAAUGCAAAUUUCCCUCCGUAGAUAAGCUGCUCCAAAUAUAAGCCCCACCAAAAAUAAGCCCCUCAAAAAGGGCCUUUGAAAAAUAUAAGCCUUGGGGCUUAUUUUCGGAAUUUUACAGUAUUAGAAAUGAGUGGUGGGAAAUGCUGAGGGAGGGGGAGGGGGACUCAUGUUAGAACACGAAAAAGUUAGGAGGAAAAUUGAUUACAGUAAUUUAUUAUAAUAAUUAGCUGGAUUACCAUCAUCAUCACCAUAAUUGAUUGGAGUACCAUCAUCCUUAGUUUGAUAAUAAUACUAUUUUAUUCACGGACUUAUUUUUAUCAUGUAAAAUUUGUUAUUAAGCUAUAAAGAAAAAACAACAAAAAGAUUAAUAUUAUAUUUGUGUUUUUUUUCUUUUGCUAUUUUUAGGUGGCUGAAAAGAAUAAGGUAAAUUUAUGGACAUAAUACUAGAGAAGGAAGUAUCAAACAAUUUUUAAGGGUUAAAGAAACAUCUACCAGGUACCAUGACCUGAAAAUGAAAAGUUUAUUGUCAGCAAUAGUGUCUGACAAAUUUAUUUUCCUUUCGUAUUUAAUCUUUUCUUCCUAAUUGAACUUUGCCUGUUUCAAAGUAAGUUCACUUGCUUCUUCUGAUAACUGAACAUAUGGGCUAAUUUGAACCAACCUAAGACUGUAUCCAAUGUUUUGUAAUUAUUGUUCCCAUUGUCUAGGGGAUUUCUUGCAUGGUAUUAUGGGUAACUCAGCUAAGGAUGGAUGAGCAAAAUUAUAUAUUGUACCCACUUCUCAUUGGCUUAGAGCCAUAUGAGGUUAUUUAUGGAAUUCAGCACAUUCCUCUUUAUAGGUUGUACACGCAAUGCAUGAUUUCCUAGAGCAAUGUCAUACUGAGUGUGUUCUGUGCAACAGUGUGUUUGCUGUUAUUUUCUUCCAUAAGAUGCAUAAUAAGAUUUAGUGUUUGUGAUAUCUUAGCCUUUGGCCCUGGCCGGUAAUGCUUACUUCAACCCUGAUUUUUCCAGAUGUGACAAAAACAUCAUCCAAUAAUUGAUUAUGAUUUUACAGUAAGCAAAAAAAAAGCAUGAGAAAAUUUUUUGAAAGUAAGUGAACUGUAACACAAAAGUCUCCCACUUUUAUGAAAUCUUAAUAACUUGCUUUACGCAACCAUGCAGUCUCUUGUACACCAUACAGCUCUUGCACCAAUAACUAAUAAUCUAAAUAAACAAUCUUAUGCAGAAUUUCUGGCACCAUCUCCAGGAGUGAAUGGGAUAUCCUCUGUAAUAAACUGGUCUGAGUUCACUUCCAAAUAGCCAUAAUUUGACAGCGAUUGUUCUAUUUGUAGGAGCAAAAGAAGCGACGAAAAUCAAGUGUAACCAAACCAAAAAGACCCGCAGCAAAGAAAAGGGAGAAAGGAGCGAAAGACACAGGACUAUUAACACCUGAAAUGAAUAAUAAAGUUGAUCACGAUGACCCAUUUGAGGAUCCAGAAAGAUUAUAUGCGGUAUGUUCCACAUUAAUUUGUUCUAGUAUCUUUUUCCCAUCUCAGCACUUCACAAAAUGUUUGGAAAUUAUUUUUUUUAAGUUAAGUGAGGAACUUGCCAUAAAGCUUUGCAUUAACAUACAUACAUACAUGAACUUUAUUUAUACUUAAAUUUCAGGGCUAGAGAAGCCUCAAAGGCUAAUAUCUUCAAAAACAUAAAUUCUAUAAAAGAGGGAAAAAAUUAAAUAAAUAAAAUAAAAAGGAAAAUCUAAAUCUUCUUUGUAUACUGGUAAUUGUAGAUCAGGAAGGCGCUAUGACAGUAUGUUUUUAAGUCUGAAAUAGGUACUUGUUCUACAAAAGUUAAAGUAUAAAGCAUUUCCACUCACAUUAUGGCCAGUAGCUAUGCAUAUUUGUUGCAACAAAAGAAAUGUUUGCAUAAGAAAAGAGUUCAACUCCCAUUAAGACUGGUUUGGACCACCAAGCAUUUUUUUUGUUUUGGGACACCAACAGGGCAGAAGUGAAACAUGAUAAAAGGCUCUAUAUAUUGAAAUCUUUCUUUUUUCAGGCAAUUGCAGAAAGGUAUCCUGAUCUUCCAUUGAGCACAAUUCUUUUUGCUGAAAAAAGGUUCGUGGAGGCAGAUCUGGACAGAAAUGGGGUGAGUCAAAUGCAGUUAUAAUAGUACAGGCUAACUUGAUAUAAUAUAUAUAGAUAUACAGGUAUAUAUAAUUACUUAAGUAGUAAUAAAAAAUGCCAAGUCGGAUCUCCCAUUGACACCAGACAACCUAGAUUAGACCUAGAUUAUAGUCCUUCUAUUGAGCACUAAGUAUUCCGAUAAGCAUGCAUAUGUAUCAACUGGUAUAUAAUCUAAAGGUCAAUAAAAUGAUAAAAGUUGUCAUAUUUUGCUGUAAAUUAUGUGGGUUUUUUAGAAUUUUAGCCCUAUUUGAUGAUUUGAGGGUGCAAAAAAUGGGUGGGCAAAAUUCUAACUCUUCUUCUCCAACCACCUGUCAGCCCCCCCCCCCUUCCCCUCCCCACCAAAAAAGGAAUGCUUGACACAGUUUGUGUAACCCGAGAUCAGGCUCUAUUUUCGUUUCGUUUUGAAAAUGACAUUCCGUCGGGCAAUUUAGUGGUAGCCAUUAGAGAGAAUGUGUGAGAACCGCUAAAAUUGGGCCUGAUCUCAGGUUACAGUUUGUGUGUUUCCACUACAAAUCAAUUAAUAGAUUCUUAACAGCAUUAUUAUUCUAGAAAUGAUUAAUGAUAAUGGUGUCUUAUAAUUUGCUUACAUUUUUUUGUUUGCAGACAAUAGAUAGUGAUGAACUAGAAAAGAUGCUGGACUUACUUUCUCAGAAGGGAAGUUCCACAAUGUAUACCAAAAAAGAAGUCAAAGACAUUUUUAGGAAAAUUGAUGCAGACAACACUAAUUCCAUUGACUUCAUGGAAGUUUUAGGGGUAAUGUAAUCUUCAUUUAGAUUUUCAAACGUUUUUCCUGUCCAGGGCAAAGCUGUUACUCACGCAGCUGGUACUCCUGACUUUUGACUAGCAGCUGACCUAAAGAACUGGUUUUCCAUGUGAAAAUUUGUAAAUUGCUCAAAGGGCUUUAAAAGGAGGGGGGGGGGGCUGCUUGAAGUAUAGAAACUCAAAACUUUGGUUUCAUCAGCUGACUUGAUAAAGUCGUCAGAUUGUCCGGGUCAUAACGAGAUUUAAAAGUCAAAGAUUCUGGCUUUAUUUCUGGCAAAGGGGUUAGGAUUCGGCUUUAAAAUGUAUUUGCCGUGGCUAGUUGUAAUUCACUUGAUGAGCUCAGUUGAUAGAAACAAAAUUUUGUAUUUCACCCCUCACUGAUGCAACGUAUUCUAACAGACAGUUUCUUUAGAAACUGUUAUAACCACUUUUAGCCUGCGUAGCAGGCGUCGAAAGGGGUAGGGGGUAGGGAAUAGGGUUAAACCACUUUAUUCAUUUGUAGCCUAGAAAAUUGAACAGUUAUAACGAAAGUGAAGCAAGGCACUCUUUAGGCUUGAUUAUCAGCCGCUGUUCUGGAAACGAGUUCUUGCUCCUCCCCCGGAAAUCGAGCCUAAGCACUCUCUCAACCUUAAUGGCUGCAUGCCGUGAUGUUUUAUAAACGUGCUCUCUUUUAAACUUCAGGUGUUCGACAUGUUGAGGCAGAAUAAAAACCCAGAUCUACCAAGCUCAUUAUUUCUUCAACAACAACAAAACAAAAGUACUGUGUGCUCUAUCCAAUAA